AUGAUCCCGCGACGCAAACACAACGUAUCCUCGGGCUCUUUACCACCGCCCGACGACAAACACGCCAGCAAUGAUUAUAUACUGUCAGAUGGCGCGCCGCGCGAAGGAUGGCGCGCCGGGCUCCGGAGGCGUUUCAAUCGGAAGACCCUACACAAGCGGGUGCCCGUCACCGCUUGGCUGCCACAGUACAACGUGGAGAAGGCCCUCGGCGAUCUGAUCGCCGGCAUCACCGUCGGGCUGACCGUGAUCCCGCAAUCGCUCGCGUACUCCAACAUAGCGGGGCUGCCGCCGCAGCACGGGUUGUACGGCUCGUUCCUCGGCUGCUUCAUCUACAUCGUGCUGGGCGGCUGCCGCGCCGUGCCGGCGGGGCCGACGGCCAUCGCGUCGCUGCUCACGUGGCAGGUCGCCGGCGGCGUGGUGGAGAAGGCGAUCCUGCUCAACUUCCUCACGGGGCUCGUGGAGCUCCUGAUGGGCGUGCUCGGGCUCGGCUUCCUCAUCAACUUCGUCUCCGGGCCGGUCUCGUCGGGCUUCACGUCGGCGGUGGCUUUGAUGAUCGCCACGUCGCAGGUCAAGGACCUGUUCGCGAUAACGGUCACCGGCAGCACGUUCCUGCAGCAGUGGAUCUCGAUCUUCCGCAACCUGCACAACGCCUCGCUCUGGGACCCAGUGCUCGGAUUCUCCUGCAUCGCGCUGCUAUUGCUCAUGAGGAAAAUCGGCAUGAUCAAAUUGGGGACUAGUGGUGACGGAACGCCUACCACGCAGCAGAAGGUGAUCACCAAGUGCAUGUGGAUGCUCGGCACCUGCCGCAACGCCAUCGUCGUCGUGGCCUCCGGCACCCUGGGCUUCUGGUUCGUGGCCCAGCACGGGGCUUCCCCCGUCCGGCUCAUGGGCGCGAUCCCGUCGGGCGUGCCGAUGCCGCAGCUGCCGCCGUUCAGCUACGUGCGGCCGGACAACAGCACGGCCGACUUCCUCGAGAUGGUCUCCGAGCUGGGCUCGGGCGUGCUGGUCAUCCCGCUGAUCGUGCUGCUCGAGGACAUCGCCAUCUGCAAGGCGUUCUCCGACGGGCGCACCAUCGACGCCACGCAGGAGAUGAUCGCGCUGGGCGUGUGCAACGUGGGCAACUCCUUCAUGCAGGCGUACCCGGGCGGCGGCUCGCUGGCGCGCUCCGUCGUCUCGAACGGCUCCGGCGUCAAGACCACCUUCAACGGGAUAUACACCGGCGCGAUGGUGAUCCUGGCGCUGCAGUUCUUCACGCAGUACUUCGAGUUCAUCCCGAAGGCCGCUCUGGCGGCGGUCAUCAUCUCCGCCAUCCUCUUCAUGGUCGAGUACGACGUGGUCAAGCCGAUGUGGCGCGCCAAAAAACUGGACCUGGUGCCAGGCGUGGGCACUUUCGUGCUCUGCCUCACGCUGCCCAUCGAGCUGGGCAUCCUCACCGGUGUCGUGGUCAACAUCAUCUUCAUACUCUACCACGCCGCGAGGCCCAAGCUCUCCAUGGAAUUGCUGAAGACGGAGGGCGGCGUGGAGUACCUGAUGAUCACGCCCGACCGCUGCCUGAUGUUCCCGUCGGUGGAGUACGUGCGGCGGCUGGUGAACAAGACGGCGGCGGGCGGCGCGGUGGCCGUGGUGCUGGAGUGCACGCACAUCUACAGCGCCGACUACACGGCCGCCAAGAGCAUCGAGCAGCUCACGGCCGACUUCCGCGCGCGCGGCCAGCCGCUCUACUUCUACAACGUGAAGCCCUCCGUGUGCUCCAUCUUCGAGGCGGUGGCCAAGCCGGAGCACUUCGUCGUCUUCUACGAGGACGAGGAGCUGGAGCGGCUGCUGGCCGCCGACGGGCGCGCGCCCGCCGCCAAGCCGCCGCCGCUGCCC